UUCCUGCGGAGUCGAGCUUCUGCAUUUGCACGUGCGAUUUACAAGUCCUCGGCCGCUGCGACCUUCUCCUCAAGCAUUCGACGCGGGUCUUGCCUGCUCUCGGCAUAGCGGCGACUCCCGCCGCUACUGCGGACGAGCAGAACGAUUCGUCCUCUCAGCGGGCAGGAAAGCACACAGCUCAAUAUCACCUCCUCCUCAUGACCAUGGCCACAAUCGACGCCAAAGUCGCCAAAGUCCUCGACUCGCGGCAGGCCGACUCGGACGACGAGGAUGCACUGAUCGCCGAGCUGGAAAAUGACGAAGAUACCGAGUUCUCCGCUCUGCGUGAGAAGCGUUUGCAACAACUCCAUCAAGAAGUCUCUCGUGCCAAGCUGAUGAAGGAGACCGCACAUGGAACCUACCAGGAAAUCAAGUCAGAAGAGAGUCUGAUGGAAAUAUCCACCUCCGAAAAGCUCUGCAUCGUUCACUUCAUGAAGCCGGAUUUCAACAGAUGCGGCUACAUGGACUCGAAGCUGGCCAUCUUGGCAGAGAAGCACUUUGACACGAGAUUUGUUUCUAUCAAUGUCGAAAAUGCGCCUUUCCUCGUGGUCAAACUCAACAUCAAGGUCUUGCCUUGUGUUAUUGCCUUUAUAGAUGGCAAGUCUGUGGACAGAAUAAUUGGCUUCGAAGGCAUUGGCUACAAGCCCGAUUCUUUCACCACGAGUGAACUGGAGGCGAGACUGCUGCAGAGUGGCGUCUUAGUGAGAUCAAAGAUGAAUGAUGAGGACGACCGCAGACGAAUCAAGCGAGAGGAGCAGGAGAGGGAAGAAGCUUGGGAUUCUGAUGAGUAAGGCGCUUGAUGAAUCGCGGCAUGGCAAUUUGAGCCUUUCAUCGUAUCCGCAAGACCUAGAUGGCCUCACAGGAGACCGGCUUUCCCAGUUCUACUCAGAAUCGGCCGCAGAGGUCUUGGAAUCCGGUUUUCCGCAGUCUUUUAAUCUGCUACACGC